UUCCGGACGCAGCGCCUAUUUCCAACUCUGUCGCACGGGUCGGCAAGAAGGAUCGGCCGAGGACCGCAGACGGGAUGUUGCGGACAGCACUGAGCCGCGUGCCUACACUACUGCGGACCCGGAAUCCCGGGUCGGGGCGACUUUGGGAUGCGGGGACUCGCCUGACGACCGCGGAGAGACGGCGGGGCUGGCCCUGGGGCUGGCGGAGUUCGAGCUCCGCGCCAGAACCCGAGCCUGUGGCCGCGCUGGGGCGUGUGGAGCCGAGCCACUACCAGCUCGACUACACCUGCAAGGUCUGUGGGACUCGGUCAUCCCAGCGCGUCUCAAAGUUGGCCUAUCACAAAACUGUGGUCAUCGUUAAGUGCCCUGGUUGCCAGAACAACCACAUCAUCGCCGACAACCUAGGCUGGUUCUCUGACUUGCAGGGGAAGAGGAACAUUGAAGAAAUCCUAGCAGCCCGAGGAGAGGAGGUUCGCCGUGUGCCUGAAGGAUGCCCUGGUACUGAUCCGGAGGCUGCUGAACCACCUGCCACCCUCCCUGGCAAGACUGAACAGAGCUGACUGUGGGGGCCAGCCAUAAUAAGCUAAAUAUGGACAGGUCACCCAAAGGAAGCUCUUUGCCAGAGUAGAACUUGGCCAUUGAUAAAUUUAAUAAGAGGCCUGAGUCUCAGUAGUUUACCCUGAGGCAAUGCCUGGCUAUAGGAGGAACCACAAGCUGAGGUUACCCUACCGUUCAAAGGAAAUGCCUGGCAUUUCAACCGUUGUAGACAGGUUCAUCUGUCAGCACACAUUCACCAGGACACCCUAGACAGAUGUCAGCCAGUCAGAGGUCCUGAACCUCAGAAACCCCUCUCCCACCUUAACUAAUAUAAAAACCCAAUCCUAGGGCUGGAGAGAUGGCUCAGAGGUUAAGAGCACUGACUGCUCUUCCAGCGGUCCUGAGUUCAAUUCCCAGCACCCACAUGGUGGCUCACAACCAUCUAUGAGAUCUGGUGCCCUCUUCUGGC